AUGAGUCUUGGUUUCAUGAAAUGUUCUCAAGAGAAGGUUGUGUACACAAGAAACCAUGGAGAAGAAGUAAUCAUUGUUGGCGUAUACGUCGACAACUUGAUCGUGACAGGAUCAAGCAUUAAGGGUGUCGAGGAGUUCAAAAAACAGAUGAUGAAGGAGUUCGAGAUGAAUGAUCUCGGGAUACUCUCCUACUACAGUGUCGUGUCAAGGUCUUUGGCUGAGAAUUUGUUGAGCGAGCUGCUCGGAUGCGAGAUGAGGCCGGUAACCCUUUAUGUCGACAACAAGUUCACAAUAUCAUUAAUGAAGAAUUUGGUGUUUCAUGGACACAACAAACACAUCGACACUCGAUUCCAGUUCAUCUAUGAAUGGUUCGAGAAUCGACAGAUCGUUGUAGAGUUUUUAAACACUAGAGAGCAACAUGCAAAUAUUCCCACCAAGGCACUAGCAAAAAUCAAAUUCGCGGAGAUGCGAGAGCUGCUCGGCGUGAAGAAUCUCAAACCAAAUCAAGCUUACGGUGGAGAUUGUGAGUUUAGUCAUUGA